GUCGAUUACGACCGCGCUCCUACCGUCCGACAUGUCACGGUGUUUUUGCAAACCCUUUGGCAUGUUGACAUCGAACCCCCCCACAGCAGGUCGGGUUCUACACCGAUGUCCAAGCAGUCUUCAGAAGCUGCUGUCAAAACUCGAAUAUCCCCGAAAGCGACGAGUCACGCAGAAGACGAGUGUAGUAAAUUUUUAAUUAAAGCAUUUUGGAUAGUUGUGAAAUUCGCGAAUUUGUGAGGUAGGAAAUUUAUUAAUAAGCCUGAUCUAAUUUGUGCCUAGUGUUGCUUCCGUGCCGAAGCGACGUCCUAUCCUAAAACUUAAUCUAAACCUAACCUCAAUUGCAGCUGGAACGUUGUGCGAGAGAAAUUCUUGGUUGGCUAGAUUAGUAACGAGUGUUAGAAAUAACACUGCAUCUGACUACCUGAACGUAGUUAUCGGUUGAUUAGAAUCUACACAAGGGCUAGAAGAACACUAAACGAAAUAAAAAUCUACACCCAGAACAACCUGGUGUUUAUUCGUGUUUCGGAAAACGCACCCUAGCCGUCAACUCAAUUCAACAUCUUUUUAUUUCGUUUACGGACGAGAGUGGACAUUCAACCAACCCGGGACCGGGCCGAGAAACGGAACGUUGGCGCCUAAAUUCCUGCUUGGAAGAUGUCCGAAAAAUCAACCGAUCCUGCGACAGGUGAGACAGAUGGACUGGUUAAGUCAGACGCCCAGAAGGCCGGUGAAGAUCAACUGACCGAUGCAAAUAAAGACAAAACCCCCUUUGUUGGCAACCCUCUUACCCUUGACGGGGAUCCCCUCCUCCUCAAACACACAUUGGUUUCCUAUGUCAAACCGUCUUGUUGUUCCUGUCGGAAGGUUGACGACAGCCUAAUGGUCCAGUGUGAUACGUGUGACGCGUGGCAUCACAACAUCUGUGUUGGAGUAUCCGAUGAGGUCAUGUACGAUGGUUGGCUCUGCCCGAAAUGCGAGUCCGCGAAGGCAGCCCAAACAAAGAAGAAGACGAAGAAGGAUGCUCAGCAGAAGAAGACCAGCAGCACGAAGGAUAAGAAGCCCAAAAAGGAGGACAAAAUCUCCAAGGACCAGAAGAAGGUGGCAAAAUCGGAUAGGCAAACGAGAGGGCGCAAGAAGGCAGACGAAACUAAGCCAGCAAAAGUAGAAAAGUGCACAAAGCACCAGAAAUCAGCGGUGGAAAAAAGAUCGCCGAUCGAUGCAAGGUCGAUUGUGUCCGGCACAUCGCGCCGGUCAGAGAUGACUGUUUUGGAACUGCAGUUAAAGAAGCUGGAAGCGGAGCAGACACUGGUUGAAGAAGAGAUGCGGAGGAAGAAGGAGAUUUUGCAGAAGAAGUUUAGCGUGCUGGAACAGAUAGCCGAAGCAGAAGAACGUCGAAGCGAACGCGAGAGUAUCGGUGGGAAGCAGCUAGAUUCAGUGUCCAAAGUGACAUCGUGGCUUGGUGGGCAUGCAUCGGGUAGCCAGCGUUUGAGCAAGUCAACGAGCAUCCGAUCGCGUAAGAAGUCAAUGAGUAAUUCCAGCAGUUCGAGUUCGUCGAAGUCCGAAAGCUUAACAACAAGCAGUUCGGAAUCGAGCUCGCAAUCCACCGCGUCAGAAACCAGUAGUGCUGAGUCGACCAGUUCGGAAGAGGAAAGCGGGCAAAAGCGUCCGUCGGACGGCAGCUCGAGCUUGGGAAAAUUGGAAAGAUUCAAACCAAAGAAGAAGUCCACUCCGAAGAAGAAAGCAACAUCAAAGAAGAAAUCGGCAAAAUUUAGCUCAAGGCGUCAGUCCAAAACAUCCAGAAACCCCAGUAGCCUCACACGUGACCAGAUAGCUGCCCGGCAAGUUGUCCCGCGUGAUCUGCCGAAAUUCACGGGAAACCCCGAGGACUGGCCGAUGUUUUUGUCAACGUAUGAAAGUACGACGAAGAUGUGCGGCUAUACAGAUGAGGAGAACAUGAUACGGCUGCGGAAUUGUUUACGAGACGACGCACUCAACACCGCUCAAAACUCGUUGAUGCAUCCUUCGACUGUGUCGAAGGCGAUUGGGAUACUGAAGCUGCGAUUCGGACAGCCCCAAAUGAUCAUCAACUCCCUGAAGGCGAAGGUGUUGGGAAUGCCGGCGAUCCAACCGGAUGCGAUGGACAAGCUGAUCGAACAUGCGCUGGCGGUACAGAAUCUGUGUGGCACAAUCGAAGCAUGUGGAAAGAACGAGUACAAGCGAGACGUGACAUUGCUUAGUGACCUGGUGGGUAAACUGCCACCCACGCUCAAACUUGAUUGGGCGAGGUACCAGAGAGGAGCAAAGAAGGUGAACCUGUUCGUCUACAGCGACUGGAUCUACGCAAUUGCCGAGGACGCUUGCCUAGUCUACAACGCACCGGGAACCAGCAAGAAAAACGAUCCCAGUGGAAACGUUAGAAGCAAAGCAUUCGUGAACACGCACUCCGAUCAUUCGUCGCCGGAAGUACCCAAACAGACGACGCUCGACCCUAACCGCAGGGUUAACAGGAGCGAAGGGAGUUCUUCUGGAUUGAACAAAUGCUGCCCGAUUUGCCAGGGUGAAUGCAAGAGUGCUGCUAAAUGUUCAAGAUUUCUUGAGCUGUCAUACGACGCAAGGUGGUCGGCAGUGCGAGAGCUGAAGAUGUGUCGCAAAUGUCUCAGACAACAUUACGGAAGCUGUGACGCCAAACCUUGCGGGAAAAACGGCUGUACCUUCAAGCACCAUGAGCUUCUACACAAGGACCUGAGAAGUACGGAUGAACCAAAACAAAGCUCUAGUGGGCCCACUAGAGAGGAAAGUAACGUCAACACUCACCUGUCAAGUUCUGGCGCUAGAAUGUUUCGCUACCUACCGGUGACGUUGCAUGGACAAGAGAGGAAAGUUGACUGCUACGCAUUCCUCGACGAUGGCUCGGAGCUGACCUUGAUUGAUCAGGAUCUGGUGGAGGAAUUGGGAGUGUCGGGAACCUCAAAGCCGCUUUGCCUAAAGUGGACCGGAGGAACACAUCGCUACGAAGCCGAUUCGCGCAGCGUUGACGUCGUAGUCAGCGGUCACUCAAACCAAAAGUUUAACCUGGACGGCGUUCGCACAGUCAAGGAACUGAAGUUACCUAUUCAAUCGCUGGACGCAGCUAAAUGGAAGUCAAGUUUCCCACAUCUUCGCGAUAUCCCUGUAGCCUCGUACGAGAAUGCCCAACCACGCUUGUUGAUUGGCCUGAAACACGCCAGUGUUGCGCUCGUCCGCAAAAGUCGCGAAGGCAAAGAAGGCGAACCGAUUGCCGUCAAAACACGCCUUGGAUGGACGGUCUACGGCGGUAGCAGCAAUCCAGUUCGGGAGGACAACGCGUAUCCAACGUAUCACGUCUGCGAGUGCAAUCCGCCGUUUGACGAAAGUUUGCAUCAAGCUGUAAAAAACUUUUUUAGUAUCGAAAGUUUGGGCAUCUACAAGCCGGACAAGUUGAAAGUUUCAAAACAGGAAGAGCGGGCGCAAACACUUCUGCGGAAGCUGACACGGCUCGAUGGCGAACGGUACGAGACGGGGUUGUUAUGGCGCUACGACAAUGCUCGCCUACCAGACAGCAAACCGAUGGCGAUGCAACGAUUGACGUGUCUGGAAAGGCGACUGGAGCGCGACCCGGAAUUAGCUCAAGUGCUUCACGAAAAAAUGUUGGAUUACAAGGAGAAAGGUUACAUUAGAAAGCUGUCAGCUGAAGAACUCGCAGAACAGCGGCAACGGAAGUGGUACCUACCUAUCUUCCCUGUGGUUAACCCUAACAAGCCUGGUAAGGUACGCAUAGUCUGGGACGCAGCAGCGACCGCACACGGCAUCUCCUUGAAUUCAAUGCUACUAACGGGCCCGGACGAGCUGACUUCCCUACCUGCGGUUCUAUGCCAGUUUCGUGAGCGACGAGUUGCCAUCUGCGGAGAUAUUCGCGAGAUGUUUCAUCAGGUACGCAUUCGUCCGGAUGACCAGCACUGCUUGCGUUUCCUGUGGCGAGAACGACCCGACGAAGAACCCAGCACUUUCGUGAUGCAGGAUAUGACCUUCGGCGCCUGCUGUUCGCCGAGCAGCGCACAGUUCGCUAAGAACCAGAACGCAGAAAGGUUUCGUGAGCAGUACCCUAAAGCGACAGAAGCUAUUAUCAAGAACCAUUACGUGGACGACAUGUUAGCGAGUGAGGAAACAGAGGAAGCUGCAAUCGAGCUGGCGGAGGCUGUGCGGCACGUGCACGCAGAAGGAGGGUUUGAAAUAAGAAACUGGCUGUCCAACUCACCCCGUGUCCUGACUGCGUUGCAGGGAGAAAACGUUGUGCAAAAGGAUCUCAACUUGGCACCAGAGUUGGCAACGGAAAAAGUGCUGGGAAUGUGGUGGGACACGUCCAAGGACUGCUUCACGUUCAAGGUGUCCAGGUUACGAUUCGAUGAAGCUCUGCUUAACGGAACUCGUCGCCCUACGAAAAAUGAGGUGCUGAGCGUGCUGAUGUCAAUAUUUGAUCCACUGGGGUUGAUUUCCAACUACCUGAUGCAGCUGAAAAUCAUUUUGCAGGACGUUUGGCGCUCUGGGGUCAAGUGGGGCGAGCAGAUCAAAGACAAACAGUUCGAAGCAUGGAAAAGUUGGGUCAAAUUGUUACCCUUUUUGGAAAAAGUCAGCGUUCCACGUUGCUUUCGUCAAGAAAUUUCCGCAAAACCAGAAGUCGAUGUUCAAUUGCACUGUUUUGUCGAUGCAAGCGAGAACGGAAUGUCUGCAAACGUCUAUCUACGAUUCGAGGAGGAAGGCAAGGUUGAGUGUGCAAUGUUGUGCGCCAAGACACGGGUCGCACCGCUGAAAUUCCUGUCAAUCCCAAGGCUGGAACUCAUGGCUGCCGUCAUUGGAGUACGACUGGUCAAUAGUUUGGCGUCGCAAUUGACAAUUCCGAUCUCUAAGCUCUACUUCUGGUCAGUUUCUCGAAAUGUUCUUGCGUGGCUUCGAUCAGAUCACCGCCGGUACAGCCCAUUCGUAGCCGCCAGAGUUAGUGAAAUCCUCGAAACUACCGAAGAGUGCGACUGGAGGUGGGUGCCAACCAAGCUCAAUGUAGCAGACGAAGGAACAAAGUGGCAGCGGCAACCUGACUUCAGUCCAAACAGCAGAUGGUUUCGUGGACCGGAGUUCUUGUUGAAAGCGGAAGGUUGCUGGCCCCAGCAACCAUGCAAGAGCGGAGCAACAGACGAAGAACUGCGUCCCAGUUUUCUUUUUCACGGCCGAGCGUUCGAAUGGUUGGUACCAGUUACAAAAUUCUCAAGCUGGAAACGGUUGGUGCGCGUGACAGCGUACGCGAAACGCUUUAUUGUUAACUUCCAACGUCGAGUGAGCAAAGCAGCAGGAGUUUCCGGUGCACUGAGCAGUGCUGAAUUACGUAACGCCGAGGAAUAUCUCUUUCGAGGAGCACAGCGCGACGCCUAUGCGGAUGAAGUGUGUUUACUUGAACAAGAAAAAGAGCAACCACGAAAGCAGAUCCCGAAGACCAGCAGAAUCUACAAGCUGAGUCCAUUUUUAGAUGAUCGCGGCGUGUUACGUAUGAGAGGACGAGUCGAUGCGUGCGAGUUCCUGCUGGAAGAUGCCAAAAACCCCAUAAUUUUGCCAAAAGACCAUCCCGUCACUACACUGAUACUAACACACUACCACGAAGAAUACCACCAUCGAAACUAUGCCACAGUACAGAACGAGGUACGACAACGCUUCUACAUCUCACAUUUACGCGCAGCCUUAAGACAAACACGAAGUAAAUGCCAGGAAUGUGAAAAUCGGGACUCCGUACCAAAGCCACCAAGAAUGUCCGAUCUUCCGCACGCCAGGCUGGCGGCCUUUGAGGCACCAUUUUCCCACGUUGGAGUGGACUACUUUGGUCCAAUUGAGGUCAUACUUGGGAGGAGGGUUGAAAAGAGGUGGGGGGUUUUACUGACUUGUCUUACUACACGAGCGGUUCAUCUGGAAAUUGCUCACUCCUUGAGCACCGGUUCAUGCAUAAUGGCGCUUCGCAACUUCAUGGUUCGCCGAGGAAUCCCGAGAACCUUCUACAGCGACAACGGAACUAACUUCAUCGGGUCGAAUCGAGAGCUGCGAGAAGCAUACAAAACGGUGGAUCAAGAGAAGUUGAUGCAGGAGUUUACGACCGUCGAGACGGAGUGGCGCUUCAUUCCUCCUGCAGCGCCGCACAUGGGCGGCAGUUGGGAGCGCUUGAUCCAAACGGUGAAACGGAACUUGGAGGAGAUCGUCGGCAAUCGCCGACCGAACGAGGAAGAGCUGAGGAAUGCAUUGAUAGAGGUGGAAGGAGUACUCAACGCCCGACCGCUUACACACGUACCAGUAGAUGCUGAAAGUGCACCGGCACUUACGCCGAAUCAUUUUCUCCUGGGAUCCUCCAACGGAACAAAACCACUGACUCUGUUAGACAACAGUGCUGCGGCGGUGCGGCGUGGGUGCACACUAUCCCAAGUGAUGGCAAAUCAGUUCUGGCGACGCUGGAUUCGAGAUUACCUCCCGGAGAUAACUAGACGCUCGAAGUGGUACCAGAAUGUAAAACCGAUCGAGGUCGGUGACAUCGUUGUAAUUGCUGACUCAAAUCACCCCAGGAACUGCUGGCCUAAGGGCCGUGUCAUUGGAACCGUCAACCGGGAUGGACAAGUGCGCAGAGCAACGGUGCAGACAGCGAAGGGGAUCUACGAGAGGCCGGCGGUGAAGUUGGCGGUUUUAGACGUUCGGAGCGAAAAGGAGUAAACUGCAUCAAUGGUGCAGCAUACUGGGGGGGAGUGUCACGUCGAUUACGACCGCGCUCCUACCGUCCGACAUGUCACGGUGUUUUUGCAAACCCUUUGGCAUGUUGACAUCGAACCCCCCCACAGCAGGUCGGGUUCUACACCGAUGUCCAAGCAGUCUUCAGAAGCUGCUGUCAAAACUCGAAUAUCCCCGAAAGCGACGAGUCACGCAGAAGACGAGUGUAGUAAAUUUUAAAUUAAAGCAUUUUGGAUAGUUGUGAAAUUCGCGAAUUUGUGAGGUAGGAAAUUUAUUAAUAAGCCUGAUCUAAUUUGUGCCUAGUGUUGCUUCCGUGCCGAAGCGACGUCCUAUCCUAAAACUUAAUCUAAACCUAACCUCAAUUGCAGCUGGAACGUUGUGCGAGAGAAAUUCUUGGUUGGCUAGAUUAGUAACGAGUGUUAGAAAUAACACUGCAUCUGACUACCUGAACGUAGUUAUCGGUUGAUUAGAAUCUACACAAGGGCUAGAAGAACACUAAACGUAAGUCCCCCUGAACGAAUUUCUGUUUCGCAUUCUCUAAAAAAAAAACAAUGUUUUCGCAGGAAAUAAAAAUCUACACCCAGAACAACCUGGUGUUUAUUCGUGUUUCGGAAAACGCACCCUAGCCGUCAACUCAAU